AUGGAGUGCGCGCUGCAAGCACAGCAUGUCCUGAAUAACCAACAUGUGGAGUUUGCUGCCUAUCAGCUUUGGGAAGAGGCCCAACAUUGGUGGCAAGCAGAAUGCCGCUUACUACAGCUUCAGAACGCCGAUGUUCCUUGGGAUGUAUUCCAGACGGCCUUCUACAAGAAGUACUUUCCUGAGUCUGCAAGGGAAGCGAAGGAGAUGGAACUUAUGCAGCUAAAGCAAGGUUCUUUAUCCGUGGCGGACUACACCAGCCGAUUUGAGGAACUCUAUAGGUUCUGUAGGGCAUGUCAGGGUGCCUCAGAGACCUAUGAAGGUUGGAAGUGUGUCAAGUAUCAAAGGGGCUUGAAGGACGACAUCAUGACUGCUGUUGCUCCUAUGGAGAUUUGA